AGAGCUGCGCCGGGGAGGCCGGGAGACUCGCCUGGGCUGCGGAUCAGCACCGCGGACAGCGACCUUUCCUCCUCCUCCUCCUCCGCCUUUCCUCCUCUCGCUCUCCUCCUCUCGCUCUCCGAGGCGCUCGCCAUGUCCGCCGAGGCUUUCCUCCAAGAGAAGGAGCUCUCCGCCGCCCAGUUUUUCGAGAUCUGGCGUCAUUACGACUCAGACGGCAAUGGGUACAUGGAUGGGGAGGAACUGCUGACUUUUAUCCAGGAGUUGCAGGACGCACGGAAGAAAGGAGGAUUGGACUUAACUCCAGAAAUGAAAACAUUUGUGGACCAGUUUUCAAAGAGUUCUGAUGGCAAAAUAGGAAUAGUAGAGCUUGCUCAGAUAUUACCAACAGAAGAGAACUUCCUCUUAUUCUUUAGAUGCCAGCAGCUGAAAUCAAGUGAAGACUUCAUGCAGACAUGGCGGAAAUAUGAUAGUGACCACAGUGGCUUUAUUGAUGCUGAAGAACUCAAGAGCUUUUUGAAAGACUUACUACAGAAGGCAAACAAGCAGAUUGACGAUUCAAAGCUGUCAGAAUAUACAGACAUCAUGCUCAAGAUGUUUGAUGAAAACAAUGAUGGAAAACUGGAACUGACUGAAAUGGCCAGAUUGCUUCCAGUAAACGAGAAUUUUCUCAUUAAAUUUCAGGGUGUCAAAAUGUGUUCGAAAGAGUUUAAUAAAGCAUUCGAUACAUUUGAUUCAGAUGGCAAUGGCUAUAUGGAUGAAAACGAAUUAGAUAUUUUACUGAAAGAUCUCUGUGAAAAGAACAAAACGGUACUAGAUAUUAACAACCUUGCAACAUACAAGAAGAAUAUCAUGGCCUUGUCUGAUGGAGGAAAGCUUUACCGAACAGAACUUGCUCUUAUUCUCUGUGCUAGUGAAAACUAGAUCUCUUUGAUUCUUUCCACUUAACUAGUGACAUAAUAUAUCUUUGACAAAAAAAUAAUAACUGUGCACUAUAAGGGAGUAGGCUUUACUUUCUUUUAUACCUUGUAAAUUUAAAACUGCAUAUAGAUAAUUAGCCAGGAUACAUGGCACAUUCUUUUCAGCUUGUUUCUAUACUGUUUGUAAUGUACAGUUUUUGUAACUAUAAGAUUGAUAAAGAGGAUGUCUCUGUUUGGGCCAGUCUGUUGAUUCAUUUACAAACCAAAUUACACCCCAGUGUGGUCAUUGUUUCCAUACAACAUGUUUGGAGUUUGUUCUAUCCUUUGACACUUGCUGUUGGAGCAAUAAUGAUCUCUAUGAAUUAAAUGGUCCUUCUGGCCAUCAUUGAGAGAGAGAAAUAGGCCGGUGACUUAUUUGUUCUGAGUUUAACAGAAUUUGACAGAGGUAGUGGACCCACGUGGCAAGUUAUUGUAAGGAGCAUUCACGGAGGUUUCCUUUUGUUUUCAUAAGAAAAAGAGGGUCUAGCGAUGGACCUACAUACAGUCCAAACUGUAGUGCUGCCUGCUGGCUCAGUCAGUGGACUACAGGAAAACCAAUCCAAGACAUGGAGAGGUGGCAUAGGCAUUAUUAGGUACAUUGGAGUGGCACUCAUUCAGACAUGCAACUUUUCCAAAUGCCUAGCCUUCCCAUGCAAACUAAGCUCAUAAAUUUCCCAUAAAUCAAGGCAGUUUCUUGUAACCUAUGCUAGGAACAGAGCUCGACAAAGUUACUUCUUUGGAUUCUAGAAGUGCCUGGGGGGAUUGUGGAUGCUGGGGUCCAAAAAGCAACUUUUUUUGAGCUACAUUGUUUCAAGGGGAAGAGGUUAGCACUUAUUAGCAGUACAGAACUUUGGAGAACUGUAGUUUAACUCUGUUAAUUCCCACCAAGUUAUUAAUUUCACAGCUAUCAAUUUUCCCUUAAUUUACACCCCAAGGUCACAGAUGUCUCAGGAUAUGUUGGCAACAAUCUUUAUAAGCAGCCUUUAAGCUACUUCGGGAGCCCCAAAGGCACUAAAAGUGUCUUCUACUGGACAAACUGCAGUUGGCAAACACAUCAAGGGCAGGUAGAAUUAUUCAAACACAAAUUGACCUCAUACUAUAUUUUACCUUUUGCUUUAAGGAAUGCUGCUGUGUCAGAGAAUAUGACAACCCAUUUUCUAAAACUAUUUCCACACUUCGCAGAUUAUGAUUCUCGCAAACUGCUGUUUUUACAUCAUUCUGUGUAAUCUAUAAUUAAAUUUAAUAUACGAAGA